GUCAGGAUGGCUAAAGGUGAUCCCAAGAAACCAAAGGGCAAGAUGUCUGCUUACGCCUUCUUUGUGCAGACGUGCAGAGAGGAACAUAAGAAGAAAAACCCAGAGGUCCCUGUCAAUUUUGCAGAAUUUUCCAAGAAGUGCUCUGAGAGGUGGAAGACAAUGUCUGGGAAAGAGAAGUCUAAAUUUGAUGAAAUGGCAAAGGCAGAUAAAGUGCGCUAUGAUCGAGAAAUGAAGGAUUAUGGACCAGCUAAGGGAGGCAAGAAGAAGAAGGACCCUAAUGCCCCCAAAAGGCCACCGUCUGGAUUCUUCCUGUUCUGUUCAGAAUUCCGUCCCAAGAUCAAAUCUACAAACCCUGGUAUCUCUAUUGGCGAUGUGGCAAAGAAGCUGGGUGAGAUGUGGAAUAACUUAAGUGACAGUGAAAAGCAGCCUUACAACAAUAAGGCAGCAAAGCUGAAGGAGAAGUACGAGAAGGAUGUCGCUGACUAUAAGUCUAAAGGAAAGUUUGAUGGCGCAAAGGGUCCCGCCAAAGUUGCCCGGAAAAAGGUGGAAGAGGAAGAUGAAGAAGACGAGGAGGAAGAAGAGGAGGAGGAGGAGGAGGAGGAGGAUGAAUAAAAAAAACUGUUGAUCUGUCUCCUUGUGAAUACCUUAGAGUAGGGAGCGCCGUCAUUGACACCCCUCUUAUUUGAGGCGUGUCUGUUGCCCUCGUUAGGUUUAAUUACACAAUUGGGUCAUGGUCAUAUUGUAGUUUCUCAAAGUGCUCUAGAAAUUGUCAGUGGUUUACAUGAAGUGGCCAUGGGUGUCCGGAGCACCCUGAAACUGUAUCAAAGUUGUACAUAUUUCCAAACAUUUUUAAAAUGAAAAGGCUCUCGUGUUCUCCUCACUCUGUGCACUUUGCUGUUGGUGUGACAAGGCAUUUAAAGAUGUUUCUGGCAUUUUCUUUUUUUAAUUUGUAAGGUGGUGUUAACUAUAUGGUUAUUGGCUAGAAAUCCUGAGUUAUCAACUGUACAUAUCUAUAGUUUGUAAAAAGAACAAAACAACCGAGACAAACUCGAUGCUCCUUGCUUGGCGUUGAGGCUGUGGGAAGAUGCCUUUUGGAGGGGCUGUAGCUCAGGGCGUGCACUGUGAGGCUGGACCUGUGGACACUGCAGUGGGCAUCCAUUUAGCUUCCGGUUGUCUUGUUUCUGUAUAUAGUGACCUAGCAUUCUGCUGCCAUUCUUAGCUGUGGCAAAGGGGGGGGUCAGCUGGCAUGAGAAGUGUUUGGAUCCUUUUUAGUUAAGUGCGGUAGUUUUAAACUGUUUGUUUUUAAACAAACUGUAGAACUCUUCAUUGUCAGCAAAGCGAAGAGCCACUGCAUCAAUGAAAGUUCAAGAACCUUCUGUACUAAACACAAUUUGCAACGUUCUGUUAUUUUUUUGUAUGUUUAGAAUGCUGAAAUGUUUUUGAAGUUAAAUAAACAGUAUUACAUUUUUAAAACUGUUCUCUAUUAUAACAGUCUAAAUUUCUGACUCAACAGCAGUCUUACUAACAACCCACUCCAUUGUA